UUUUUUAGUAUUUAGAAAAAAAUAAUUAAAAAAAAAAAGGAAACAAAAGGGCAGAGAGAGAGAGAGAAUCAAAGCCCUCUUCUUCUUUUGUAAUCAAAUCUCUCACGCACGACUCUGAGAGAGAGAGAGAGACAGAAAGAGUCCAUCGUCUUCCGUCUUCUCCGAUCGAAAUAGCAUUUAUAUUCAUCGUCACCUUAUUGGCUAUGCAGUCAACGAGUUUGCUACUCCUGAAGAAGGAGAAUUGAGAUCAGAUUAUAUAAAUGAGAGACAUGUUGUGUUUAGAAUGCAGUUGUUAUGAUAUUCAUCUCGCUGAGUGGCAUCCUUUGGAAUCUUUAAACUCCUCCUAAACCCUCUUUUUUGACUCCAGGGUUCUUCAGUUUUAUCUUUCAAUUGUUUUUUUUUUUUUGGGGGGUGGAGAAGGAAGGGAGAUAAUGUUUCGUGAUAGUCUUUGGUUUUCCCGUACCAUUGGUUGCUUUGGAUGCUUUGGCACUUCUACUAGAACCCGACAGUUGCCGCCUGAGAGGCCACUCCAACAUGAUGAUACACAUUCAUCAUGUAGUGAGGGUACUAGCAGUUCCAGAAGCGAAGAGGACGAAGAAGAAGUUGAGCAGAAGAGCCGCUCCAAACGGUCUGACGAAAUUUUGAAAUUUAGAUUAGAUCAUGGUUUGAUCUGCAGGCAGGUUCCUGUGAAAGUCACUAAGCAACUUAUCCGUGGAGAGGAUGAAGAUGGUAACAAGAUGAUCAAUGAGUAUGUUCGUGUGUGUAAAAUUGGAUCCGGUAGCUAUGGCAAAGUGGUUUUAUAUCGAAGCUCUGUUGAUGGCCAAUCUUAUGCUAUUAAGGCGUUUCACAAGUCGCAAUUAUUAAGGUUAAGGGUUGCACCUUCUGAGACUGCUAUGAGUGAUGUUCUUCGUGAGGUCAUGAUCAUGAAAAUUUUGGAGCAUCCUAACAUUGUUAAUCUCAUUGAGGUGAUAGACGACCCAGAAACUGAUCAUUUUUACAUGGUUCUCGAAUACAUUGAUGGAAAAUGGGUUUAUGACGGUUCUGGACCGCCUGGUGCUCUCGGGGAGAAAACCGCUAGAAAGUAUCUGCGGGAUAUAGUUACUGGCCUCAUGUACCUGCACGUUCAUAAUGUGAUUCAUGGGGACAUCAAACCUGACAAUCUGAUGGUUACUAGUAGCGGCACGGUGAAAAUAGGAGACUUCAGUGUCAGCCAAGUGUUCAAGGAUGAUGAUGAUCAACUGCGUCGAUCUCCCGGGACACCAGUUUUCACUGCUCCAGAGUGUUGUUUAGUAUCAACGUAUAGUGGCAGAGCUGCUGAUACAUGGGCAGUGGGGGUUACUUUGUAUUAUAUGAUAUUGGGACAAUACCCGUUCCUUGCUGAUACUCUUCAGGACACUUACGACAAGAUUGUUAACAACCCUUUGAUACUCCCGGAUGGAUUGGAUCCUCUUUUAAGAGAUUUGAUGGAAGGUCUCCUUUGCAAAAAUCCGAGCGAGAGAAUGACACUGAAGACGGUGUCGGAGCAUCCUUGGUUCCUUGGAGAAGACGGGCAUGUUCUUGAGUAUUUUUGUUGCUGCAAACGCAAGUCUGCCUUGAAGAUUGAACAAGAAGAAGAAGCUAAUGGGAUGGAUGCUCAAGUCUCAGAUAUCUAGCUAAAAAACUUUGGAAGCUUUUUGAUCGUUUAGAAAUGUAUAAGCUUGAAGAAUACAGGAAACGUUAACAUCAUGCUAUCGCAUCUCCUUAACCAUACAAGUUUGCGGUCAUUGUUUUUUUUUUCUUUAAUAUACUAGAUAGUUGUCAUAUUAUUAUCAUGUGUUGUUUUAUGAGUUUCAAAAUUAAUAUGACAAUGAAUUUUUAUUUU